UGUUGUUAUUGUAUUAGUGUCCAUAAAAAGAAUUCAUCUGCACGUUAAUAUUUAUGGGUGUUGUUUCAAACAGAGAUGAUAAAAAAUUAGAUUUUAACAGAAUAAUAAUGUUGAAGAACAAAGCAUUUUAGUUGUUUGUAGACAAAUUAUUAAUGCCGAAGAAUUUGAAAGUGAAAUGUUUUUUUUAAAAAAAGAUCCGACUAGAGUAAAUUGUAAUGAAUGCAAAUGUAAUGAAAUAUAUCUGCAAAACUGUAUUGCAGCUUUAGUUGAUAUGCCUUUUUCUGCAACUGAUUAAACUUCACAAUAGCUCUGGAGUAGAACAAGCUUUACAGAAUCUAACCAUCACCAGAAUUUUAUGCCUGUAUUGCACCUUAGAAGACUUUAUGCAAUAGAAACUUCAGGGUGCUGUUCUUUCCUGGCCAAAUCUCGAAAUAUGUUGCUAUUUACUGAGGAUUAAAAUAAAUUAUUUUCUGAUUUUGAAUCAAGUUUUAUUUACAAAAUUUUUGACAACUGUAAAUAUGGUGAAAAUUAGAAACUACUAAACACUUAAGUUAUUGUUUAGAGAGCAGAUUUCAGUAUCUUCGAUAUAAAAAAAUUUAAAUUCAGAAGCAAUUUUAAACAAAGUAAUUGAUAGAAUUACUCAAUUUAAAAAUUUUAUUACCAAAUUUCUGUUGACUUCCAAAGUAAUCAACCAGUACUAAAAAAUAUUUUUUUAAAAACCUGAAAAUACUGAUUAAAAACAAAAAAAAAUCUUUAUUUCGCUUGAAUAAGUGUAACUUCUCUCAUGAAAUGAAAGUACAAACUUAAAUUAUCCAGAAAACUAUAAAAGAAAAAUAAAUUUCUGUGAGCUAUAAAGCCCUAAGGCAGCUAACUGCAGGUUUCAUAAUUGAGUCCUCAUCAUAAAUGAUGCUGUAUGAUAGCCUGAUCCUGUUUGAAAAAUUGUAGCUGUUGCCUUCUCUUGAUCUGGCAUGGAAUUCUAACAACAAAGAUACAUUUUAUUGAAUAUAGACAGAGUUGAGGAAGAUUAAGUUGAAAGUGAAAUUUUAGAUGUAUCGCUUCUGGGGAUGACCGGAUGCUCUUCAAAGAAGGACCCUCGUUUUAUUUCUCAAUCAAGAAGUUACUGCCGAUUUCGUACAGAUGAAAACCAAUAACUGAAAAUUAAGUUCAAAAGAAUUUUCUGCCUCUUUUCAAAAAGACAGAACAUAAAGAAUGGAAACCUCUGUCAUGGCAAAUGCAGAUAUCUGUGAUGAUCUUUAUCUUGAAGAAUUGGAUACUGACACAAUUGCUCAAGGUGAUGAUAAAAACGUCAAAAGUCCAACUUCUAAAACUGAGAAAAAUUUCGUAUGUGAUGUAUGUGGUAUGACGUUUUCUCGGAACCAUCAAUUAAACCAGCAUUCUUUAAUGCAUUCUGACGAAGGACCUUUUGUUUGCAAUGUUUGUGAUAAAGUAUUUUCCAUUAAACGUAAUUUAUCUAAACAUUACCGUAAGCAUUCCGACAAAAAUGGGUUUGUUUGUGAUGUGUGUGGCAAGGCAUUUUCAAGACAAAGUACCUUGAUUCGACACUGUCUUACUCAUACUAAAGAAAAACCUUAUUCUUGUGAUGUUUGCAAGAGAGCGUUUUCUCAGAAGGGUAAUUUAAAUGAACAUUAUCGGUCUCAUACAAAUUCCUCAUACCAACCUUAUUCCUGCGAUGUAUGCUUUAAACGAUUUUCGUAUAAAAGUGUUUUGAAUGAGCACUCUCGUAUGCAUUCUAAAGAAAAGCCGUACUCUUGUAAUGUGUGCAGCAAGAAAUUUUCUUGGAAGAGUAAUUUGAAUUUGCAUUAUCGGUCCCAUUCAAAUAAAAAACCAUUUUCCUGUGAAGUAUGCAGUAAGCAGUUUUCUCAUAAAGGUAGCUUGAUGCGCCAUGUCAAUGUUCACACCAAUACAAAGCCUUUUGUUUGUGAUGUGUGCAACAAACGAUUUUCUCAGAAGGGUAAUUUAAAUGAACAUUAUCGGUCUCAUACAAAUAAGAAACAUUAUUCUUGUGAUGUAUGCGAUAAACAGUUUACUUAUAAAAGUAAUUUAAGACUGCAUUUUCGCACUCAUACAAAAGAAAAGCCAUAUUCCUGUGACGUGUGCGACAAAAGAUUUUCCCAAAGGGGUAAUUUAAAUGAACAUUAUCGAUUACAUACGGAUGAAGUACCUUAUUCUUGUAAUAUAUGCAAUAAAGUGUUUAUUUAUAAAAGUAAUUUAAAUGAUCAUUGUCGGACGCAUGCAAAUGAAAAUCCCUUUUCUUGCAAUGUAUGCGAUAAAGCAUUUCCGCAGAAACGUCGUCUCACUGCUCAUUUACGCAUUCACGAAAAGGAAAAAUCUGCCGUUUAUGAUAUGAGUGGUGAAUUUUGUAAUAAAAAUAAUCCAGAUGAGCGUAAUCAGAACCAAGGGAAUGAAAAUAUCUUUUCUUGUCAUGUAUGUAAUAGAAAAUUUCUACAGAAACGUUUCUUAACUUCUCAUUUACGCAUUCACAGAAAGGGCAAAUCUUGUUAUAAAAGUAAUGUAAAGGAAUAUCAUCGGAACCAUACAAAUAAAUAUCCCUUUACUUGUAAAGUUUGUAAUAAAAAAUUUCCCCAGAAACGUGGUUUAACCGCUCAUUUACUUUGUCACAAAACGGAAAAACCUAGUAUGAAUGGUAUGAAAAGUGAAUUUAAUUCUAAAAGUAAUUUAAAUGUGCAGCAUCAGAACCAAAGAAAUGAAAGUAUCUUUUCUUGUCAUGUGUGUGAUAGAAAAUUUCCUCAGAAACGUUUCUUGGCUUCUCAUUUACAUAUUCACGAAAAGGAAAAUCCUGUUGCGUGUGGUAUGAUGGAUGGCGAAUCGUUCUCUAGGGAAAGCAAUCGAAAUAGUCUUCGUCAUACUAAUAAUAAUGGGAAAACUGUAUUAUUCGUAUAUGUUUGCGAGAAAAAUGUUUCGCCAAAAUUGGAUAACCAUGUGAUGCCCAACUCUUGCGGAAUAAAUGCAACCAAUCCAAAAGGAGAUCUGUGUUCUGUUUAGAAAGACUUGCAUUUUGCAAUACGAGCGCCCAGAAGCGCACUCGGCAAAGCAUUAGAUGAGUCAUUCCACCGUUGUUUGUUCUAGUUGAUACUGAAUGUGACUAUUUAUUUUAGGUUUAGUUUUUUUGUAGAAAAUUUUUAGGUUCAAUUAAGCUUAAUAUUUGAUAUAAAAUAAUAAUGAAAAUGAAAUUUUCAAAAAAAACCUCACAUGACUCUUUGCCCUAUUUAUUUAUCCUGUUCGUAAACUUACUUGUAUUGUCGAAAUUUUUGAUACACAUUUUUACUUAAUUUGUUCCAUGUUUCUAAAGAUGGAAUUUUGUAACUCAUUUUAUGGUUCAUUCUAUAUUUCCCAUAAAUGGAAUGCAUGGAUCCUUUCGGAAUCCAAUGAUUGAAAGUUUCCAAUGUUUUCUUUCUUUUUUUCAAUUUUUUUUUUAUCAAAUGAUAUUCAUAAAAAUAUUAAUAUGCUUGAUAUCUUUUACUACUUUUGGGAACUAAAUAACAAAAAUGCGCAUAAUAAAUUAAUAAAAUUUAAAGUAAGCUUACCUCCA